AUGGCAGCGAAGUCUUCCCCUCCCUUCUCCUUUAGACUCCCAAACAUAGCUUUAGGCAAUUCUCAUGGUAUAUUAUACCUUCACCACCAAGCAACGCCUCGUAUCAUCCAUAGGGGUAUCGAACCAAGUCAUGUAUUGUUGGAUUCGGAUUUCCGAGCCUUCAUUUCUGGUUUCGGGUUUGCUAUGAUAAUCCCUGAUGGGGAAACACAAGUGACUAAAGAUUUUGUUAAAGGAACCAUAGGCUACCUUGCACCAGAAUUUAUGUUAGGUAAAGUAAAUGAAAGUUGUGAUGUUUAUAGCUUUGGCAUCCUCCUUCUCGAGCUAGCUAGUGGUAGAAAACCAAUUCUAGACACUAGUUCUACCAUGAAGAAUGCAAUAGUUGAUUGGGCAUUGGCAUUGGUUUGUGAGAAGAAAUUUAGUGAAAUUGUUGAUCCAAAACUAAAGGGUAACUAUGUGGAAGAAGAAUUUAAAAGAGUUAUUGUUGUUGGAUUGAUGUGUGCUCAAGACUUAUUUGAGAAGAGACCUACCAUGAUUGAUGUGGUGGAGCUAUUGAAGGGAGAACCUAAAGCUAAGUUUUCAAAUAAAGAGAGUAGUAAAAUGUUUAGAAGCUAUAUAUUAUAG